CCAUAACUGCAUCAUCAAUCUCACAAAAAGCUUCUGAAUUUUGGUGCGCAUUUAGUUGGUGAAGUAGUUUUCUGGGUUUUGAACCACACACGCUUUCUCAGAAAGGGGAUUUUGGCGAAUUGGGCAAGGAAGCUGUAGAAGUUCAAGUGUUGAAUUUCGUGUUCUAAGGUUACCCACGCAUCGUUUAAGGAUGUCUGCUGUUUGGUUGUUGCUGCACUAUAAGUCUCAUGACUUUGAUGUGAGGGUUGUAGACACUGAUAAAUGUCAGUUGGUAGACAUAUUCAUAGAUAUUUUUGAGGAAUCGACUAAGCAAAAUGUGGUUUUGCCUGAAAAGUUUAGGUUAUACACUACCUCACCCACUGGGAGGGUAGAAUUGGUUGAUGAUAGUGUAAUGCUGAGAAUGUGGGGGUGGAAUAUGGGGACUGACACCAUAGAGUUGUGGGUAGAGGAAUCAGACAGUCCUGGGGUAGCAUUUAGGUCUGCUGUAGCUCUGCUUGAAAGGCAAAGGAAGGAGGAUGAAAGGAAAAUGAGGGAGAGACAGGAAGAGGUUUUGAGGAUGCCAAAAGAGGCUGAAGAACAGAGGAGGGCAGAGGAGGAAAAGGAGAGGGUUAGGAAGGAAAUGGAGGAACAAAUGAGGUUCACAGUUGCCAUGGAGGUCCCAGUGGUGGAUGUGGAGAAUGAUGGGGUUGAGUAUGUGAGGAUUAUUACCUCAGAUGAUGCUGAUGAAGUGUUUCCUGGCCUAUCUCAACCAGAACCACAAACACAAGAAUCCCCCUCUGCUAAGAAACCUACCAAAACAAAACCCAAGAAGAAACUUACCCCAAAAAAGAGGAAACAAAAACCUGCCCCCCCACAGCCUACUGAAAGCACACCCACAACACAAACCAGACAAACUGAAACUGACCCACAAUCACCCCAGCCCACACAACCUGAAACAACACAACCUACACAAGAAGCACCCCAGCCCACACAACCUGAAACUGCCCCCCCCCCCCUCUGCUAA